AUGGACUGCCGCUAUGCAUGGGGAGAUGACGGACGGCAAGGAGACUCUCCGCUGAGACCAGGACGGGGGAACUGUACUUCCCCAGGUCAUUUCGUGAGUUUGCAUCAGACCAUGCUGUGCCCAAAGGAACAGUACUGGGACGAGCUGCUAUGGAAAUGCAUCCCCUGCAGGCUUGCCUGUCACCCGCUGAAGGUCAAGGGAUGUGCCGACAUCUGUGCUUCCAUGGACUGCAGCAAACGUGUGGGCUUUUUCUACGACAGCCUCCUGAGAAAGUGCAUUAAUUGCUCCAGCAUCUGUGGACAGCACCCCAUUGAAUGUCUGCCUUUCUGCAGAAAGGAUCUCGCAGCCACCUUACCAGCACCAGCGGCUCUCCAGGCCAUCCAGUGCAGGCUGGAUGGCACAUGCAACCAGACGGUCGUCAUCUACCUGGUCUUCGGAUUCUGCCUUUGCACCCUGCUCUUCUCCUUGCUGGUUACCUGGAUUUGCUUCAGGAAGACGGGGGAGGACAUGAUGUGUCCAGCCAGUACACCUUGUCGGAAAAGAGAGAAUAGCCCUAAAGACCGUCUGAUGGAAGCCGAGAGCAUGGGAACCAGAUCCAAUGGCAGCCAGACUCCAGAGCCUGUCGAAACCUGUGGCUUCUGCUUCCCUGAAGUGAGCCCUGCUGUCCAAGAGACCAGGGCAUGCCACAGUUCCUACCAAUUCGGGACGCAGGGGGAUGCUGCCGUGGCAGGAGACAUGGGAACGGCACCAACCCCUGAAGAUGGCCACUUCCAAAUUAUAUGCUCCCCCUCGCAGGAAAAGAUAUAGUUGACCUGAGCUGAACUAAGAUUGGCAACUCCGUUCUGUGGGAGCGUGCUCCACCCCAUUCCUUGUUAGAAAGCUGCGUGAUUUCUGAGGUCCUUUCCCACACAUAACUCCCACGAAGUAGUGGGUUAUUACUCCUAGCACACAGAAAGUAAGCAUCUCAGGGAAGAUAGUUCAACAGCUAUCGCCUUCACCUUGGCAUACCAGAUGCUCACUCUCCAGGGCAGGCAGAAAGCAAAUCUGGGUGACUUGUAGUAGAUCCACAAGGAUUCCUGACUUCCACUUAUGGCUGCAAUGAAGAAAGCUUGGAGUAACCAGAACCGGGGUUUUGUAUGGAGGGACUGUGACCUGCAUUCCGUUCUCAUAUGCAAAUAUCUGACUUUAGCAUUCUUUAAUUCUAAGUGGGCCCAGUUGAUGGACCUCAGAGUUUCGGUUAGUAAACACGACAUAGAUUCCACAAGGCUGUCUCUGUUGAUCACUGACUUACAGUUACAUUUCCACUGCCUUUGAAAGGUUUCCCCUGUCCCCAUGUUCUAAGGCAGGA